CAUGCAUCUGUGGAUGGUCUCUGGGGAUUCGCUCGAUUCUUUCUCUUUUAAAAAGCAGUUCUCAGAUGUCCUCCUAGGGGAGGCAAGAAGAAGCAAGUUAUUGUCAAGACUAUUCUGUUGUCACGUAUUCGAAGGUGGAAGGAAGGCAAUUUGGUAUCUCUUUGGGAACAGGCGAGAUUAGAUUCUUGUCGUAGUGGCAAGAAUUUCAAUGCGAACCAUACAUCUCUUUGAGUCAGCGAAUGCCAAACGAGCUCUUCAUUGGCCAGAGAGGGCCGAUAUGAUGAUGCCAUGCGCUCGCUGUCCUCCUCUGGUUGUGCUCCUCACGAUGACCUUUCUGCAGUUUCUGAACUACAAGAGAGACAUCCAUAUCAUUCUCUCCCAGUCUGGAAUACUGAGAUUCCUGCUCCACUUGUUGUUACCUCAAGUUCUGUUUUGGAGGCUUUAUGUGGAUUUCCAAAAGCAUCUAGCCCAGGCGGAUCUAAGCUAAGAUGCCAGCACCUACUUGAUGUCAUUGAGGGUUCUACUACACCUUCAGCCCAAGAUUGUUUAGCAAAUUUGACUGAUUUGGUCUGUUUUCUUCUUUCUGGUCAAGCUCAUCCUUCUAUAGCUCCAUGGCUCACAAGCACUCCUCUCACUGCCUUAUACAAGAAGCAGGGAGGUAUUCGUCCAAUUGCAGUAGGGGAGGUCUUGAGAUGCCUAACAAGUCGUUUGUGUUGCUCAGCAGUACGACAGAAUUGUCCAGAUGUCUUCUUGCCUGCUGGUCAGAUUGGUGUAGGCAUCCGUGGUGGCUUGGAAGCUGCAGUCCACUCCCUGUCUACAGUUCUUGACAGUCAAGGAAGCAAUCCUGACUUAUAAUGUUUGAAAAUCGAUUUCUCAAACGUGUUUAAUGAACGUAACCGUUCUUCUUUUCUUGACCGAGUUCACAAAGAUUUUCCCGAGAUUUUUGCAUGGACUCAAUGGUGCUACCACUGUGAAGGAGGAUUACGAUUUGGCGACGUUUCUAUAAAAUCAGCAAGUGGAGUCCAGCAAGGAGACCCAUUGGGUCCUCUUCUCUUCUCUGAAGUCAUUCUCAACCUUUUGGAUGAUAUAGCGCCUAUUCCAAAUCUAUGUCUUCAAAUUUGGUAUCUGGAUGAUGGCACCUUUGUUGGCUCACGUUCAUCUGUGGCAGGUCUUCUGAAUCAGUUGUCUUCAAUUGGCCCUUCCCAUGGGUAACAUCUCAAUAUGAGUAAAUGUGAAGUCUUUUGGCUUUCAGGCGACAGGUCUUUUCCAAAUUUCCAAUCGAAGUCCAAAGGGUUGAAGAUUCACUUGGAGGAGCUGAGCUGUUGGGAUCACCUAUGUUUGGAUCUGACUCUUUCUUUAUGUCAAGUACUGCCAAACGUAUUGACAAGGUCUUGCUAUGUCAAAAUCAUCUUCAAGAUUUACAGGACCCCAAGUGGAGCUUCAUCUGCUAUGCACAUGUCUCAGCAUAUGCAAGAUCAACCAUCUACUGAGGACUGUUUCUCAUGACAAAAUCUCUCUUCAGUUGAGUAGAUUCGAUAAUGGCAUGGGCAAAUGUUUAGAGAGGAUUUCACGAUCCUCUUUACCUGACUCAGCUUGGUCUCAAGCCACACUACCUAUUCGUUUUGGAGAACUGGGUUUGAGAGAAGCAUGCAAUUCAUACUCAGCAGCCUUUAUCGGCAGUUGUAACUCCACGAGGGAUUUAUCCUGCCAGUUGCUAAAAACUUUUGUCUCUUCAUUUGUUGCAGAGGAAGCAACUGUAUCAAGUAACCAUCCAGACUUGAUUGUUCCUGGUGAACUUCAAUCUCGUGAACACCUGAACUCGAUUCUUACUGCAAACAGCACUAUUUGUCUAACAACGUCUAAACAACAUGACAUUCAAGUCAUCCUCAACUCUUCUUUGCAAUCACAAAUCAAGGCUUCUGCCAGUCUUCGAGACAAAGCACGGCUAAAUACAAUUUCAGCUCCUUUCACAGGUUCAUGGAUUAGGGCAAUACCCAACCCUGUCUUCGGCCUUACCAUGUCUGCACAGGAGUAUAUUGUGUCUGCAUCUUUGGCUGGGCAUUUGCUUAUUUCCUCUUCCACCUUCUUCCAGCAGGUGCUACUGUGGUUCCAUUUUGGACAGUCACAGAGAUCGUGUUCUAGGCUGCCACAGUGGCUCCCUGAGAAACAAAUGUCACAAUGCUUUGUGUGACAUUAUAUUUCAUUGUCUCUGGACGAACAACUCAGGAACUCGACGUGAACAACGCUGUACUAGUGAGAAUCAAUCAAGACCAGGAGACGUCUUUCACUCUGAUUUUUUGCAAAGUCGUCCCGCAUAUUUUGAUCCCUCUGUCAGAAAUUCUCUUCAACCAUCUUAUAUUAUCUUUUCCGCCAACACAGCUGGUACUGCUGCUGCAGCAGGGGAGAUGGAAAAAGAUCAUCGCCAUCUUUUGAACGUUGAGUGUACUGGUUCUCUCUUCUAUCCUCUAGUGGUAGAGACGAUUGGUCUAUGGUCUUCAUCCAGCCUCGAAGUACUCAAAGACAUCGCUAGGAAGACUACCAUCACCAGUGGACUUACUAUUAGCAAGGCUUCAACCUACUUACAUAAACGUUUAUCUGUCUGUUUGUGGAAAUAUAAUUCAAAAAUGAUUUUAGCGUUAUUAGCUGUUAGCUCUGUUUCUGAUAAACGGGACUCAUACAUGUAUGUUUAGAGUUGUAUUAUGCGCUCACCUUUAGGUGGUGGGACUAUAAUUAUAUUAUAACAUUGAGAGUAUAUAUAUUAUACAUGU